GGAAGGCGGCGCAAGAUGGCGGCGCUGCAUGAGGAGCCGGCGGAGGUGGCGGCCGUGCAGCCGGACCCCGAGGCGGGGACGCCGCCGCCGCCGCCCGCCGUGCCUCCCGCCGCCGCCCCCGCCGCCGCCCCGGCCGCCGCGGCGGAGGGAGAGGCGGCGGGAGCCGGUGGGGAUGCGGCACCCCCGAAGCCCGCGGCGCCGGGCCCGGCCGCCUCGCCGGCGGCGUUGGACCGGCAGACGCUUGUGGCCGUGCUGCAGUUCCUGCGGCGCAGCAACCUCCGCGAGUCCGAGGAGAUCCUGCGGCGCGAAGCCCGCCUGCUGGGCGACGACCUGGGUGGCGCCGCGCUGAGCCCCGGCAGCGCCGGGCUCCUGGCGGGCUCCGGCAGCGAUGGGGACUCCGGCGAGGCGCUGCUCGGCCGGGGCACCGGCGCUGCCGCCGUCGCCAUAGGAGGCAGCGUCGCCACUGUCGCGACUUCCAGCCCCGGGGUGGCUGCGGUUGCCGCCGUGCCGCCGGGGAAAGUCGGGGGCGCGGUGGUUGUGGAGGACCAGCCGGACGUGAGCGCGGUGCUGUCGGCCUACAACCAGCAAGGGGACCCCACGCUGUACGAGGAGUACUACAGCGGGCUCAAACACUUCAUCGAGUGCUCCCUGGACUGUCACCGGGCAGAGCUGUCUCAGCUCUUUUAUCCUCUCUUUGUGCACAUGUACCUGGAAUUGGUCUACAAUCAACAUGAGAGUGAGGCAAAGUCUUUUUUUGAAAGAUUUCAUGGGGAUCAGGAGUGCUAUUACCAGGAUGACCUGCGUGUACUGUCGAGCUUAACCAAAAAAGAACACAUGAAAGGCAACGAGACCAUGCUGGAUUUCCGAACAAGCAAGUUUGUGCUGCGCAUUUCCCGUGACUCUUACCAGCUCCUGAAGAGGCAUCUUCAGGAAAAGCAGAACAAUCAGAUCUGGAACAUUGUUCAGGAGCAUCUUUACAUCGAUAUCUUUGAUGGAAUGCCUCGCAGUAAACAGCAGAUAGAUGCUAUGGUUGGAAGCUUGGCUGGGGAGGCAAAACGAGAGGCUAAUAAAGCAAAGGUUUUCUUCGGCUUAUUGAAAGAACCAGAGUUUGAUGUGCCUUUGGAUGAUGAGGAUGAAGAAGGAGAAAAUGAGGAAGGAAAGCCAAAGAAGAAAAAACCUAAAAAAGAUAAUGUAGGGUCAAAAAGUAAAAAGCAGGACCCUAAUGCUCCUCCCCAAAACAGAAUUCCUCUGCCAGAACUGAAAGACUCUGACAAGCUGGAUAAAGUAAUGAAUAUGAAGGAAGCUGCGAGGCGAGUGCGUCUUGGGCCAGAGUGCCUGCCCUCCAUCUGUUUCUACACAUUCCUUAAUGCUUACCAGGGUCUGACUGCCGUGGAUAUCACAGAUGACUCCAGCAUGAUUGUAGGAGGCUUUGCUGACUCUACUGUCAGAGUGUGGUCUGUGACUCCAAAAAAGCUACGCAGUGUGAAAACAGCUGCAGACCUCAGUCUCAUUGACAAAGAAUCAGAUGAUGUCUUGGAGAGGAUCAUGGAUGAGAAAACAGCAAGUGAGUUGAAGAUUUUAUAUGGUCACAGUGGACCUGUCUAUGGCACCAGCUUCAGUCCUGAUAGGAACUAUCUGUUGUCCUGUUCUGAGGAUGGCACUGUGAGAUUGUGGAGUCUCCAAACAUUCACGUGUUUGGUGGGAUACAAAGGACACAAUUAUCCAGUUUGGGAUACACAGUUCUCACCUUAUGGUUAUUACUUUGUGUCUGGUGGACAUGACAGAGUGGCUCGUCUGUGGGCAACAGAUCACUACCAGCCAUUACGGAUCUUUGCUGGCCAUCUUGCAGAUGUGACGUGUACCCGAUUUCAUCCAAACUCCAACUAUAUUGCUACAGGCUCAGCAGACAGGACUAUAAGGCUCUGGGAUGUUUUGAAUGGGAAUUGUGUGAGAAUAUUCACUGGACAUAAGGGACCAAUUCAUUCACUGGCAUUUUCUCCUAAUGGACGAUUCCUGGCUACUGGAGCAACAGAUGGAAGAGUUCUGCUGUGGGAUAUUGGACAUGGCCUGAUGGUUGGCGAAUUGAAGGGGCACACAGACACUGUCUACGCGCUCAGAUUCAGUAGGGAUGGGGAGAUCUUGGCAUCAGGUUCAAUGGAUAACACAGUUCGUCUGUGGGAUGCUGUGAAGGCAUUUGAAGAUUUAGAAACUGAUGACUUUACUACAGCCACUGGACACAUAAACUUGCCUGAAAACUCACAGGACUUGCUACUGGGCACGUACAUGACUAAAUCAACCCCAGUUGUUCAUCUCCAUUUCACACGCAGGAACCUCCUGCUGGCUGCAGGAGCCUAUAGCUCACAGUAGAUCAGGAAGCUGAGACUGACUGUGCCAAGUCAUUGCAGUAGUGACCUCAGGAUGUGAGACGAGAGGGAAUGUCUUGAACAGAAGGAUCCCACGAGUCCAUUGCAAGGAGUCUGAAACUGUAAUUUAUGCAAGCAGCAGUUCUCAGUUCUGCUGUUUCAUAUUUAUCUGCAGUUUGAAAAUGCUGGAGAUUGACAAGACAUUGUGGCUGUAAAAGGAGGAACUGUUCGUGGUGCUUUUGGUAACAUAGAUGUGUACAUAUGAAAUGAGCCAUCUCUUCCCAGAGGUGGUACUGAGCUCUGCUGAAACUUGUGAAAAGUUAACAGCCUUUACACGUGUUCUCAGAUUUUUUUAAAGCACUUAAUUUAUGUAUAGCAAAUGUUUCAUCAGUCUCAAACACAAGCAAAACUGUCCAUUUUCAGGAAAGAAGAAUGUAGUUUGAUCCACCACAGCCUGGGCUGGGCAGCAGGCGUGGUGAGAUCUCAGCAGCA